CAUCGGUUAUGACUUGAAAAGCAACAUGCUUCUACCACUUCUUGACCAAGAAACUUUUCCAUUAUUCUCUUAGCUGACAGGCUCUAUUACUGAAAUCUGCUUCAACUAACAUACAUAAGCUCCAAGAAUACAAAGCUGAAUGAGAGAACCAACCGCAAUGUUGACGAAUCGCCCUCGGACACGGCAACGAGCGUAUAAGAAGCCACCUGCUCUUGAUGUUCCCAACAUUGAUGAAGAUGCCGCGGAGAGGAAACGAGUUUUGAAUGUUCUAGCACAGAGAAGAUAUCGUGAAAAGAAACGGCUAGAUCGUCUUAAGACCAAGUCAGCUGGUAGCAAUGGGUCUCAAAACUCCGAACCUCAGGAUGAAACAGCUCCAAACUCCGAAUACAGAGUAUCAAAAGACGAUAUCUAUGAAAUCCCGACUCUGCAGAGCAAUUUGGAACCCACAAUUCCAGAAUCCAACCUGUCAAUCCCUCCCACGACAGAUGCUGACAUCUUGGCUGGGUUUGAUCUCAAUCUGACAUCUUGGAACCCCCUCGGAGACCCCCUCCAAGAUUUGACAUUUGCGUCUAUUCUUCCAGACCCAAAUACAGUACCCGAAUACUUAUCCGAAGACAAUACCAGGGACGAUUCAGUAACAAAUACUCAUCAGGACUUGUCUGCAGAUUUUGGCGGAACCGAUAUGACCAUGUUUAUUGAUUCUUCAUCACUCAGCUCUUCACCCUCGUCAUCGGAAGGGCAGACGCUUCCUGAUAGUUAUCAACUACCUCUACUACAGCUUACACUUCUCAAGGCUGUUAUGCGUAUAGCAGACCGUCUGAACCUGAAGCCAGAUCUUUGGGACUUGGCGGGCAACUCGGCAUUCAACACAGGGACCGCAACUCCAGCAUCUCUACUACCUCCAUCAUGGCAGCCCACUCCAUCACAAGUUGCGAUACCGCACCAUCCAGUGUUUGACCUGCUGCCCUGGCCAGGUGUCAGAGAGCGCGCCAUCUUCAUCUUGUCAUUGCCCGACGAGUUACGGCCACCACGAGCCCAGGGUGCACUGGCGAUCGUCAACUUUGCCUAUGAUGUUGAGGAUACGGCCGAGGGAGUUAGAAUUUAUGGUGACGAUCCAUAUGAUCCAGGUAACUGGGAGCUUGGGCAGGUUAUGUUUGAAAGGUGGUGGUUUUUGUUUGACAAUAGCAUCAUCAGCACGAGUAACCGCUGGCGAAGGGCAAGGGGAGCACCGCCGCUGCUAUUAAAAUGUGGAAGUGCUGGUUCGAGCCCGACUGCAAGUACAUCAUCUGCUACAACUGGAGGAUCAUGAUGGGGCCACUGAAGUUGUUGUUGAGUACCUUAGUAGGUAGGAGGGCCAUACAGCCAUGUUAUGAAACUCUCAUGAGACUUGUAAAAUAUAGAAUAGCGAUGCAUAUGAAUUUGAUGACGU